UGCCUGGAGCACGAUUGCUUCAGCAUCUUCUGGUCGGCCAAGCCCUUCGCGGAGGCGAGCGAAGUAUGCAAAGGAGGCGGCGGGCACCUGAUGACCGUCCGUUCCACCGUGGCGGAGGACGCUAUCGCUUUGCUGGUGCAGAACCGGAGUGGGAGGCUUUGGCUUGGGUUACGUUUGCCCCUUCCUUGCACCGAACCGGCCCAACGCCUUCGUGGUUUCCAGUGGGUGACAGGCGAUGGCCGCACCGACUAUUCCAACUGGGCGCCGUCGAUGGGGCGGCGGUGCGGGGAGCGCAUUGCCACCAUCCCGGCAAUAGGGCUGGAGCUUCGAUGCGACAAGGACAGGGAAAGCGGGGUGCUGCGCUGGGAACAUGAUGGCCCUGGCGCUUGGCCCUGCCUCCUGGCCAACGGGGGCUGCGAGGGGAUGUGUGGUGAGGAGGGCGGCCAGCCACGCUGCUCCUGCCCCGAUGGCAAGCUGCUGGACCCAGACGGGCGCAGCUGCAGCUCGCCCUGUGCUGGCGCACCCUGCCAGCACCACUGCAUUGUCAAUGGCACCAGUUUCCUCUGCAUGUGCGAAUCGGGCUCCGCCGAUGGCACCAGCUGCGAGGAUGACGACGACUGUGCCGUCUUUCCGAGGCUGUGUGAACAAGUCUGCGUGAACACCGAGGGCGGCUUUGAGUGCCACUGCUACCGUGGCUACAAGAUGCUGGAGGGGAGCUGCCGGCCUGUCUCCCGCUGCUAUGAGGCACCCUGCGAGCAGCAAUGUGAGGACGUUCCCCAUGGGUACCGCUGCGGCUGCUUCCCCGGCUAUGCUGUCCACCCGCAAAUGCCCACUCGCUGCCUGCUGCACUGCAACCACAGCCAAUGCCCGGCCCAAUGCGACACAAACACCCUGUCCUGUGAAUGCCCCGAGGGCUUUGUGCUGGAUGAUGCCAACAGCGGGCAGGUCUGCAUGGACAUCGAUGAGUGCAACAUGAACUACUGCCAACACAACUGCACCAACCACCCUGGUGGCUAUGAGUGCCACUGCUACGCCGGCUACCAGCUCGUCAACGAGAAUGACUGUGUCAAAAUCACAGAGGACUGGGAGGGAGAGUACUCGGGGGAUUUCAGGCCCAGACCUCAGACACCCAUCCCCAGCCGGACCCCACCGAAGGCAGCGCACCUGCAUCCUGGUGCACUGGUGGGUAUCACCAUGGGUGCCCUCUCUGCAGCACUGGCCCUGCUAGCCCUGGGGUACCACCUGGCGAAGAAGAGCUGCAGACCCCCCUCCACCAUGGAUUACAAAUACAGUGGCCCCCACGAAAAGGAGAUGGGACUUCAGCCGAUCACCUCGAGGUGUCCCGUCUCUGGCCAGAAAGCAGGACAGAGAGAGGGAGGUGGACAGAACUGGGUAACAUUUACUCCCCCCGCCCCUGCUGCAAUUUUUUAA